UCUGUCGAGUGGUCUGUCCCCGCCCCUUUCUGUUUGCUGCAGCGAGGUGUACUUGGCUGUAUGCUGGUAGCUGAAUACUAAUCGAUGUGUCUAUUUCUUUAGCGUCAGUAAACAUAACAGGUGAGUGUUGUUGUUCUGAGGAGCAUCCCUGCGGACUGCAUCAUGAGCACGUUAUGGAUGGGAAACCUUGAGUCCUACAUGGAUGAGAAGUUCAUCACCAGAGCCUUUGCUACAAUGGGGGAACAGGUGGUAAAUGUGCGGAUCAUUCGGAACAAGAUGACUGGGGCUCCAUCUCCCAGGGGGGCUCUGGGUUACUGUUUCGUAGAAAUGACUGAUGAGGCCACAGCUGAGAGGUGUUUGCGCAAAGUCAAUGGAAAAGCCCUGCCUGGAGCCAGUCCGCCUACAAGAUUUAAGUUAAACAGAGCCACAUUUGGGAAGCAGGACACUGGUCAGAUGUUUUCUCUGUUUGUGGGAGACCUAACUCCAGAGGUGGAUGAUGGGAUGCUUUAUGAGUUCUUUUACAACCGUUACCCUUCCUGUCGUGGUGGGAAAGUUGUCCUCGACAGCAUGGGUAACUCUAAGGGCUGUGGUUUUGUUCAGUUUCCAGACGAACGGCUCCAAAAGCGGGCACUGGAGGAGUGUCAAGGUGCUGUGGGACUCGGUGGUAAACCUCUAAGGUUGAGCCUGGCUGCUAAUAAUUUACGGAACAAACAGCAGCAACAGCAGUCAGAAAGCAAACAGUCAUGGCAGUCAAACUCAGGAUACAGAUAUGGUUAUGACCAGUAUGACCAGUACCAGCAGCAGGCAUAUCCAGGGUAUUACUCUUCAUGGGGCUAUGAUCAGACUGCAGGAAUGUAUGGUUACAGCUAUCCCCAUGAUUACACACAGUAUGCCCCAGUACCGGAAAGUGAAGCAGUUCAAGAGGAAGAAGCAGUUGAAGAUCCCAGCUUGGUGGUGGAUGUAGUAGAGGCUAACAGGAGCUUCAUGUACCUCAGUGAGGAACUGUAUGAUGCACUCAUUGAAUGUCACUGGCAGCCUCCAGAGUUCUCUGCAGAUCAGGAAUACAUUGUUUCCAACUUGCCUGAGCCCAUUUCCAGCUAAUAAAACUUUGUUUUUAAUUACUUUUUGUUUGUUACCCUAGUACACACUUAUUAUCUAUUGUUGUCAGAAAUUAUUGGAAAUAAAUAAAAAAAAUUGUAUUCAUAUCUGUAAAUGGGGUCAAGUUAAACAUUUAAAGUGUAUCAUCCAAAUGUUGGCUAUUAACUGACACUACAUUGAUAUCGUCAGAACAAACGAUGGAUCUUGAAAUGAUGUUGGAACCAUAUAGGUAAUCUGUUUACAUUUUUUUCAGAAAAUGUAAUGAUUUCAAAUGUUUAAUAUCAGUCCCCUGCAUUCCAGUUGCUUUAAUUGUUUGAAGCGAUAUGUAAUAUGCCAGCUCUGGUAGAACUCGGCUUUACAAAAUUUGGGAUUCUUCAUAUAUGUUUGUAGAUUAAGCAUUGUUGAUUUAUAGAAGAAAAGGGUAAGCAUUACCUUGAAGUAAGUGGGGUAUGUUGGCCUCCCAGUAAGAAUCAUAAUAAAUACUUCGGGGAUGUUGCAAAAUGGAAGAUGGGAAGUUUGAAUGUGUAGGUAACAAAUCUGAACAAACAGAUGGUUUCAUAUUAAGAGAAGAGGAUAAUUGUGAGCAUGCUUGUCCCACAUUACAUUGGCAGCAUUCAUGUUGUGUUGUAAAACGUUACAGAAUUGAAUUUUCAAGAAAAUUUACUUUUGUCCUUUUGAUUUGUAAACAGGCAAGAUUGUAAUUUAGAUUUACUAUUUCAUGUUUUAAACUCUGGCUCAAAGAAAUUUUCACCCAUUUUGGGAAAUCUGUUUUAGAGUGUGUAUUUUUUGCAUUUUAUAUAUACAUUUAUUUAUUUUUAUACAGUUUGCCAUGAAAAAUAAUUGAAAUGGAAUCAAUUGGUCUUGGUAGGGGGUGUAGUUGGUAGCACUGUUUCUUUAAAGCGGAAAGAUGGGUUUGACUUCUGGCCUGGGGUCUUUCUGCAUGUUCUCCAUUUGGAUACAUGUAUUCUCUCAGGGUGCUCCAGCUUCCUCCGACAGUCCAAAAUCAGUUAGUUUAAUUGGUCGCUCUAAUUUCCCCUUGAAGACCUGCACCCAUAUACCACUGGAGAUAAACAUUACUCCCCCUGCAAAACAAGGCAAAACCAAAUUAAGUGUUGUCACUGUAGCUGUGAAAAUUCAUGUCUCCUGACACUGCCUAAUAGUUGCAUGCAUAGAUGAAAAGGUGCGGAACCUAAAAUUUAGUCUGAAUUAAACCACUUGAGGACAGUUCUAGAGAUUCCAAACAGUCCUGCCCCGUGGAAUGGUGAGGUCAACAGUGUGCACUUGGCUCUGGUAAUAGCAGUAGGGAAGGUUUGUUGUGAUCCCUGUUGCAUCUAAGGUUAUCCACUAUUUAUUGGUGCUGUUUCUGUAUUAUGAUUGGAUGUAAAAUAAGACUGAUGUAUUUAAGAAAAGUUGCGCGAGUUAAAAAAAAAUUUUUUAACACCUUAAAACGAGCUUCUCCAAAACAAUUUAGCCAACUAGAAAUAGUCGGUGUCGUGUUACCUCUCAUUGCACAAGGUUUAACAACAGGAAUCCUAAAAGAAUUUGGGAAAACACAAAUCUAAAGAGAACAAUUAAAAGACUGUCAUUCAAACUAAAUAUACCACCUCGGGGCUAGAGAUGUCAAACGUGUGGAAGUGUUUGAUGGCAUUAAAAAGAUUGAGACAUUCACGUUUUAAGGUUUCAGAGUGUUGUUUUGGAAUGUUUGUGCCAAUAUGUAUGGUGGGGUUCUGUGUAUCUGGUUGAGAGUUUAGUAAUAAUAAUUUCUGCAGUUAUUCUAUAGGUUCUUCUUAGUUCUUUAUAUCUCAGCAUUUACUUUAUUCUUAUUUUUUUUUAAAUUGAGAAUUCUUUAGACUUGAUUAUGUAACACUGGUCCUCAACCACUAGGUGGAACCAAAGAGCAAUGUUUAAUCCUUUCAAAUCGUUAUUAGUAAUACUUUCAACUAAGAUAGGUCUCUAAACAUCUAUGUUUAUGUUAAAAUUAAAUAAACUUAAUGUAUAGUUUGUCUUUUCAGUGUAGCAUUCAUACACUCAGAGGGGUUUUUAUAAAUUUCUUAAAUAAGAUAUGUUUAACAUAUAGAAUGCUGGAUUUGCUUUGUUUUCAAUAUUUUCGAGUCUUGUAGGGUCACAGUGCUUUGAGAGAUUUUUCAUCCGUCCAUUGUUCUGUACCUGCUUAUUCUUGAACUGUCAUUGGAUGGCUAGUGCCUAUCUUUAUUUGGUGAGAGGCAGGGUACAACCUGAACAGACUGCCAGUCCAUCACAGGGCAAAAACAAUCAUGCAUGCACACACUCAUACCUUAGGGCAAUUUUAAAAAGACCAAUUAACCUAACAGUUAUGGUUUUGGACUGUGGAUUGAAGAUUGGGAUUUGAAUCUAUGACCACCUUGCUGCAUGGCAAUAGUGCUAAAAACUGACACCUCUUCAGAAUUGGACUGUAUAAUUUGAUACUGUCCUGAUGUGAAAUUGUUACAGGAUUCCUGCAGCUUCUCAUCUGCGUUAACAAAAUCUGAGUAAACAAAAUUCUCAGACACUUUUAUAUAAAAAUUAAGACUGUAUAUUUGUGUUGGGAUUUCGCAGGGUCAGUUGGUCCAUGUGUGAAAAAAAGAGGGCAUCACUUUUGCUUUUUGCUAGUUAAUGAUUAGUCAGUGGUAUGUUAACCAUCAUCCUGAUUCCUUUUUUGUUUUUCUUAAUACUAUACAAAGUAAUAAUAGUUCUGCCUCACUAACGACUGACUACCAACUACGGUCAUAUUAAAUCAAUAAGAAUAUUA